CUCUUUUUUUCCCCUUCCAUCAUCUAUCCUUCCAUCGCCCUUGUUUGCUCUCAAUAGCCAUCUUUGUAUAUUGUGCAAACGGGUGUGUGAUUUUUUUUGUUUCAUUAUUCCCCCUGUCCUUCUCACUCUUUCCUUUCUUGACUUCAAACAGCAACAACAGCACAUCGCACAUCGCUCAUAACAACGCAGCAAGCAUGGCCACUGCCCAGAGUCUCCCCGCUGGCAAUGGCCCAGUAGAGCCCCGGCAGGACGGUCCGCUCGAAGAUAUGCCCUCGCCCAUCCUUCCCUCCGAUGCUGAAUUCGAUUCCAAUGAGGAACAGCAACCACCAACGCGUUCGCCCACCCCGACACCCCCGCCAGGCCCGACACCCCUGCCCUCCACAGUUGGCUCUCUCCCGCCCAACAACUCCGUGGACGGGUCGAUGCCUGCGCUACCUCCGCUCAAUCAGCAGAGUCGUCCCGCGCACAGGACCUUGCCUGUGCCUGCCCCGCUUAGAAGGAACAACAGCAGUAGCUUCACGGCCUUCAAUGAGAUACCAUCUCUCCCCGCUUUCCUCAACAAUUGCAACCUCUCGCAGUACCUCCAGUCCUUUAACGAUGCUGGUGCCACGGAUGACUCCAUGCCGCUUAUUAUCGACUUUGACGACGACGAACUCAAGAGUAUCAUGGAAGCCAUUCCGAUGAAACCUUUUCACGCAGUCACCUUCCGAAAGGGAAUCCGCGACCUACGCGAACGCAGCCGCAUGGGUUCCAUGCAUUUUGACAACUCCCAGAGUUCUUUCAUGCAGCCAGAGCCCCACAGUAUGCUGCAUUAUUCACACUCACAGUUCUUCCAGCAAUCGUCGCAGCUGUCGCAGCCCUCUCAAGCCUCACAUCCUUCCCAGUCGUCGCUCAACUCUUCACAGCCGACCAGAGGAUAUACGUUUCAAGGAGGAUCAUCACAGAACCCAGGAUUAUACCGUCAAUCCUCUGCAUCUAAAAGCAGCCAGAGACAGCAAGGAAACCCUUCAUCGCAGACCCAGUCGUACACCCCGACACCCUCUCAAGUUUUGUCCGCAGGAUCCAUCUACCAGUAUGUUGGACCUGCGCCACGUGGAACCACUGGUGGUAACUUCCCUGCUCAGCCUGUGCCUUUAUACUCGCAGGAUCAGUCACCUUUACAAAGGACUUCUAGCAAGCAAAAUGAUCAUAGGCAGUUGAAGCGCCGGAGAUCCACAUCAGGAACGCCUCCCGACCAGGCUUUGGAUGGAUCGUCGCCUGUGCUACCCGAACCGAGCUCUUUUAACUCCAACUCUUCCUCCUCAUGGAGCAGCACUCCCAACCCUACAUCAUCAUCUUCACAGCAACCGGACAAGGCCACGCGAGACUUGAUCAUGCAUCAGGCGCUUAUCUAUGGAAAGCACUCUUCACGGUCCCUGACGAAAUACGAGCAUGCCAUUAACUGUGCGGCUCAAAGUCUUGCGCUGGAGGAGCCUAGUUUACUGACGAACAAGGGUCAGCUCUGGAAUAAGGCCAAGGCGAAGCUAUUGGAGGAAGACUAUGACUAUAAGCGCGGCAAAUCACGAUCCAAAUUACCAGAGGCCGCGCAGAAGAAAGAAAACAAAGCCAGCAAGGAGCGUUUAAUUCAGAAGAGAGAGGCAAAUGCCUCGAAUGCAGCCACAAUUCGACUUCGGCGGAUCGCCUCGCUCGGAGAGCAAUUGCACCGGAAGACUGCUGAUCGGGAGGCCCUUCUCGCACAAUUGCUCCGCCUCGAGUCACCAGAGUACAAGCAGUCUCACCCAGGCACCUACGAAGCCGAAGCUCUAUAUGCGCGUGAGAGUCUGAACCGCGUGGAGAACGAACGACAGAGCAUUUCCAAGGAGUUAGGUUCUCUUAAGAACAAGGAACGGAAACACCAGUGGUACGAAAAGCGGAAGAAGGACCGCGCUGAGAAUGGAGAGCGAUCAGAACAGGAUGACAAGAACACCAAUGCAGGUACAGAUGCUGAGGCGGACGAGGAGGCAGAGACUGACACGACUGUAGACCCUGAGGGCGAUGCCAGCCAAAAAUCUUUGACGGGCGGGACUGGAGCGCUCGAUCUGGCUGCGGCACAGCGAAACAACAUGGUCUCAAAAAUGGAAGCGGCUGCAGCACAGAAACCACUGACAUGGAAGGCCCAUAAUCCCACACCCCCAUCGGCGAUAAAUGAUGGAGCAAAAGCAGCAGUAUCACGGGCAAAGCGCAAGGAUGUUUUUCGGGUGAGCGAGUACACGCCGGUGGUGAAGAGCUGAACGAGACGGUUGGUUGUAUGGAGCACGAUGGGAUAAGGGUGGCGUGCCAACACCUGUAUUUGUCUAUGUUUCUUAUAUCCGGAGCCGCUGAGGCCAGCAGUGUGCUGCUGUCAUACGGAUCGAUCGCACUCUGCUCGAUCAGACGUGUUUUAUCCGUCUUGUCAGGACAUAUUGCCUCGUGUUCCUUCACGAUCUGCAUAGGAGAACAGAGUUUCAUCCCGGUUUUCUUAAAUAUAGUCAUUUGUCGAGAAGAAAAGGCACAUUUACUGUUGUCCUACCAUUAUCUUAAGAAGUAGCAAUUGGUAUGCUGAGUCCUCAGGCCCCUGUUACGGAUAACAGAACGCUGUGAUAACGCUCACUUCAAUUGCACUUUGUCACCAGCAUUGAAGAGUCGUUCCUGAAAUAGCAAUCUUAGUUGUCUUAGAA